AUGGCAGCCUUUGACACACCUUGGACCACGUCAAUGAGCGACCGGCCAUCCAACAGCCAUGCGUACGAUGGCGCCCGCGAUAACUCUGUGCCUGAGACGACGGUAGCUCCCUUCUCGCCGAAUCAACAGACUGUUACGAAGAAUCGAAACAAAGCGACUGUGCUGAUACACCAGAAGUCACCGCUACUUGCUGCCACUCCACCGCAGGUCACGCGAGCGUUGGCAUAUUCGCAUCCUUUCAUUGUGCCGCUGAACUACUUGGUGGGACUGCUAUCAUGGACUACAGGAGAUCCGUGGGAGAGCUUCCUGAUGGUGGCAGUGUUUUGGUUCACAAUACUGUACGUCGAUGAUCUGCUGCGAUGGGCGGGGCCGAUAGUGGUCGUCGCAGCACUGAUUGCGGGCAUGUACUCGAGGAGGUACAGUCCACUGUCAAGUACAACAUGGAGCGGGCACAAGAGGAAGCGCAGUCGGGCGGCCUCCGAGUCUGAGUACAGAAAGAGCUUGGACGAGAUACUGGACACGCUACAGAUCUUCACGAACCGAUGCGAUGUGCUGCUCGAUCCUCUGCUGCGCUUGACGGAAUUCUUGAGCACGCAGACCACUGCGACAUCUGCGACAACGAGACCUGCUUUGACGUCCAUGUUAAUACGCUUGCUGGCUAUCACUCCAACAUGGAUCAUCCUGAUGCUGCCACCCUUUCGCAUCAUCACGAUGCAACGUAUCCUCCUUGUACUCGGGACCAUUGGUUUGACAUGGCACAGCAUGCCGGCACGAGCAUCUCGAUCCAUACUAUGGCGAAGCAAAGCUGCGCGGACUGCAGCAUCGUUCAUUACUGGACUAAACUACGGAACACCGUCGACAGCAAAGGAUAAAAGGACGCCACCGUUUCUGCCUCCACGAGCACCAGCCGCUCUUGUAAAUGCUCUUAAGCGGAAGGGUACAAGCGCAGGCGUUCGCUUCACAUUCGCGUUGUACGAGAAUCAACGGAGGUGGGUACUGCUAGGAUACACAGCCAACCUGUUACCCAACGAGCGACAAGCCUGGUCCGACGAGCAUCAGAACACUGUAUCAGGCAAGGAGAACUUCCCGCUACCUGAAACAGACUCCGAAACUACCAAAUGGCGAUGGGUCCCCGACAGCAACUGGAGGGUCGACCCAGCCUGGACGGAGGACCCCAGUGGCAAAGCAUCGCGCGAUAAGGAAGGCUGGACCUACUACGACAACAAAUGGCAAGGCGGCAGCAGAAUCGACGACUGGAACAAAUGGACCCGCCGAAGACGCUGGAUCCGCGACGCCGAGCUCGUCGAGAUCUCACCCGAAGAAGCAGCAGCAGAAGCGGCCAACACCACCACUGAUGCCGACUCCGAAUCCAUCGCACCCUCAAUGGUCACCACCGACUUCGCAGACGGCGACAGUAUCAGCACUGCCGUGAAGAAGAAAGGAUGGUUUGGAAGGCGGAAAUUGACGAACGAGAAGAUCCGAGCCAUUGAUAAAGUGGAGAUCGCCUCGAUGAGUGGCAGUGGGGAGACUGGUGGGACGAGAGCGAGUAGGGACAGCCCGGAGGAUGAUGUUUAUACGCCGCUACAAUAUCGAGGGAAUGAGUAUGAUCGGAGUAUUGGCGAUGGGUUGACGGAAAUGUUGGGCUAG